AUGUCGGGCGAGUUUGUGGAAAACAUGGACGCCCUCGCCUCCUACGCCGGGCUGUUCCGACCCAUGGUGACGGCCGUCGCCAGGCCUAUGUGGCUUGGGUCAGGACGCAGAAGGUGGGAGCUACUGCGUCAGGAUGGGGACCCUGAAAGCAGUAUGUGCUGGCCCGGGACGCUGAGCCCACAGCAGCACCGGAGCCAGGACAUGUCCUCCCACGGCCAGGUGUCUCCUACUCUGAACUGCUCGCCGCUGCCGACGAGGUCGACCCUCCCAGGACGCCCCGCCAGCCGCGGCCCCGCUGGAAGGACCAGCACCAGGUCCAGGACCAGGACUGAUGGCCACGAGGCCUGCCUCCGGCAAAGAGCGGCCCAGAAGGACGACGUGUCCCUGCCGACCUUCGUCAAGGUGCCCGGGCUCACCUGGUUUGGUCGGGUGUACGUGCUGGAGGCCGUGACCAGGCUGGACGAGACCAAGGCCAGGGUGACGUCGAUCUUCGGCGACAUCCUAAAGAUGGACUCCACCAAGAAGAUCGCCAAAAAGCUUGCGGGCGCCGCCGCCGGGUCUGCCGCCUGGAUGACCAACGUUGGCAAAGAGUACGGGCAGGUGCUCGUGUCCGUUCUCACCUCGGCCGAGGGGGAGGGACUGACCAACAUGGCGGCCGGCCUGAUGCGGCGGUACCGCGAAGCCGGGAAGGCCCCUCCGAGGGUCCUGUAUGUGGACCGGGACUGCUGUGCCGCCGUGGGCAAUUCUGCCACGCACGGCAUGUACCACGAGUAGCAAGAGCUGGUGGUGCGGCUGGACGUGUGGCACCUCAUGCGGCGCUUCGCGAGGGGCGUCACCACCGACAGCCACCAGCUCUACGGCCUCUUCAUGGCCAGGCUGUCCUUCGCCAUCUUUGAGUGGGACGGCGAGGACGUGCGGCGCCUGAAGGAGGCCAAGCAGUCCUCGGAGGGGAGGGACGCCCAGGUCACGCUGUCCGCCAAGGAGCUGGCUCGCCACUGUCGCCGCCGUACGAGGGGUGCGGCGGAGACGGAGCGGCUCAUCCAGGAGGUGCUGGACGCCUUCUGGCAUGUGACGGACACCAUGGGCGUCGCUUUGAUCGACCGCGCCCGCAUGGAGGACAUCUGGGGCACGCAGCGCCGCCACCUCGACUGCGUC